AUGGAGGAAGCAAACGCGACCAGCAUCUCCGAGUUUCUGCUCCUGGGCCUCUCCGAGGACCCCGAGCAACAGUACCUGCUCUUCAUCUUCUUCCUGACCAUGUACCUGCUCACGGGGCUGGGCAACCUUCUCAUCAUCACGGCCAUUGCCACCGACAGCCGGCUCCACACGCCCAUGUACUUCUUCCUGGCCAACCUGGCCUUCGUGGACAUCUGCUUCACGUCCACCACCGUCCCCAAGAUGCUGGCCAAUCACGUGACAGGGAGCAGAGCCAUCCCUUACGCCGGCUGCCUCACCCAGAUGUUCUUCUUUAUCUGGCUAGCAGGCACCGACAGCUUUCUGCUGACGGCCAUGGCCUACGACCGCUACGCGGCCAUCUGUCACCCUCUGCAGUACCUCGCCUCCGUGACGCCACGCCUCUGCAGCCUCCUGGUGGUGGCUUCCUGGAUGGCCGCCCUGGGCAAUGCCCUGACCCACACGCUGUUGCUGACCCGCCUCUCUUUCUGCACCCACAACCGAGUCCCUCAUUUCUUCUGCGAUCUUAGCCCUCUGCUGAAACUGGCCUGCUCUGACACUUUCCUCAACAACGUGAUGGUGUACACCGUGGGCGCCCUGCCCAUCAUCACCCCCUUCGUGGGCAUCCUGGGCUCCUACACGCGCAUCUUUGCCGCAGUCCUGAAGAUCCCCUCUGCAGGGGGCAAGCGGAAGGCCUUCUCCACCUGCGGCUCGCAUCUCUCCGUGGUGUCCCUGUUCUAUGGGACCCUCAUUGGGGUUUAUUUCAGCCCCACGUCCUCCCACACGGCCCAGAAGGACACGGCUGCGGCCGUGAUGUACACGGUGGUCACCCCCAUGCUGAACCCCUUCAUCUACAGCCUGAGGAAUAGUGACAUGAAGGGAGCCCUGGGGGCCCUCGUGGGCUGGAGGCCAGCUCUCAGGCAGUGA